CUCAAGCAAACGCUGUCGGCGUUUGUUGAUGCUGCUCUGAUAGUUCCACAGUUCCUUCCUGUUGCAGAGCUGCAGCUAUUCUAAGCUGGGCGGUUUCUGAUCUGAAGGCUUCUGUACAAUUUCUUCUGAAUGUCUAAAUACAAACUCUUCCUUCUCCGACACGGGGAGGGGGCCUGGAACAAGGAGAACCGCUUCUGCAGUUGGGUUGACCAGAAACUGAGCGUGAACGGGGUGGUGGAAGCCCAAGAAUGCGGCAGGCUCCUGAAAGAGCAGGGCUACCAAUUUGACCAGGUUUUUACCUCCAUACUGAGCCGCUCCAUCCAGACGGCCUGGUUGGUGCUGGAGGCCAUGGGACAAGAGUGGGUACCAGUCACCAAAUCCUGGAGGUUAAACGAGCGGCAUUACGGUGCCCUGAUCGGCCUCAAUCGGGCCGAGAUGGCAUUGAACCAUGGUGAGGAACGGGUUAAAUUGUGGAGGCGGAGUUAUGACAUCACACCGCCCCCCAUUGAUGAGUCACAUCCCUAUUAUACUGAAAUUUACAAUGACCGCCGAUACUGUACGUGCGAUGUUCCGAAAGAGGAACUGCCCAAAACAGAAAGUCUAAAGGAAGUGUUGGACAGACUACUUCCGUACUGGAAUGAUGUCAUUGUACCGGUGAUCAAGAGUGGCCAAAACGUCCUCAUCUCUGCACAUGGCAACAGCUGCAGGGCUUUGCUUAAACAUUUGGAAGAUAUAUCAGAAACGGACAUUGCGAAUGUAACGCUGCCCACAGGAGUACCAGUCUUGCUGGAGCUGGAUGAAGAUCUUCGACCAGUCAAGCCCCGUCAGCUUCUGGGCGACCAGGCCAAAAUUCAGGCGGCCAUCAGAAAGGUGGAAGAUCAAGGGAAGGCUAAUGCACAAAAUAAAUAAGGAUUUUAUUGUCGUUCAGUUAGGAACUGUUCAAACAGAAAGAUUAUAAGUCACUUAGUAGCUUCAGUCAUGAAGCUCCUGGUAAAGAUAGUUUGGGCACAUACUGUAGGAUGUGUCUGAGGUAGACUGGUUUAGUGGUGUUUUAGGAAUCAUGAAGAGAUAUAUAAGUCAAUAUUUUGAAUUCAAGCACUGGUUACUGAUCC